AUGUGCACCUGCGAAUACCGACGUUUCGCCUGCGGCCACGAGCGCAAGCGACGCUACAUCAACUGCUCGACAGGCGACGACAUGACCGACAGUUCUGAGAGCGCGUGCGGCUCCGUUGACUUUACAGUCGUCUACACGCGGGGGUCGUGCCGCGAGGUUGGAUGCAAGUACCUCGAGUGCAUGGUCAAGGGGUGGGCGUGCUGCAGGUGCGACAAGGGACCCAACGAGGGACACGUCUGCAGGCAGGACACGACGCCGUGGCGAUGGGAUUAUACAGAGUGCAAGCACCGGUUCUGCCAUGGGUGUAGGCCAUGGAAGGAGUUUGAGAGGGUGAGGGCGAUGGCCAAGAAGGACGCUGAAGGCAAGUCACCAGGGAGAGAGGUUAUUCGGAGGGGAAUACAUGCGAUUACUGGAGGUCUGAUCAAGGGUGGAGGCUCUGCUAGACAUUGGUAG